AUGACUAGCAAGUGGUGUCCAAGGCGGGUUCAAUUGCUAAAAUCGAGUUUUUGUCGUUCAUACGCAUCUUCACAAACAAUCAAGACAUCCAUCUCGGCCACCCUCACACAAAAACCGUACUAUGUGACCUCGCCCAUAUUCUACGUCAAUGCUGCUCCGCAUAUUGGGCAUCUCUAUAGCACAGUAAUAGCGGAUAUUCUCGCACGUUGGCAGCAGAUCCGAAAUCCCACGCGACCCGCUCUAUACACAACUGGAACCGAUGAACACGGUCUAAAGAUUCAACAAGCCGCGAAAGCUCGUGGACAAUCUCCCCGAGAGUUGUGUGAUUCGACUAGUCAGUUCUUUCGAGAUCUAGCAGCACAGAGUGGGAUAGUGUCAACGUCGUUUAUCCGCACAACCGAGCAAAGCCACCGGCUUGCGGUAGAGAGUAUCUGGAAUGAGCUUGUGCAGCGUGGUUAUAUCUACAAAGGUGUCCACUCUGGAUGGUAUGCCGUCUCGGACGAGGCAUUCUACACCUCCAAGCAAGUUGAAGAGGUAGUCGAUCCACACAAUGGUGAAAAGUAUCAUAGGUCUAAAGAAACAGGGAAGCAAGUCGUUUGGACAGAUGAAGAAAACUACAAAUUUCGGCUGUCCCAAUUCCGUCUGCCACUGAAAGAAUGGAUUGAACGAGCGUCUCCGGUCUACCCUCGACAGCGGCAGAACGAGCUGCUUGAAUACCUUUCAGACGAUUCAUCACUACAAGAUUUAUCGGUGUCACGUCCCAAGGCUCGCGUGGAUUGGGGACUGUCAGUGCCAGACGACCCUGCGCAUACUAUUUAUGUUUGGUUGGACGCUCUCACCUCCUACAUGACAGCAGUAGGUUGCCCUUGGUCAGACACCCAAACUAUGAGAUCAUCUGGAUGGCCGGCAGACGUACAUGUCGUCGGCAAGGACAUUCUGCGAUUCCAUGCCGUCUACUUUCCCGCGUUUCUCAUGGCUCUAGACAUACCUCUACCCCGACAAAUACUCUGCCAUGCGCACUGGACAAUGAACAAGCAAAAAAUGGCAAAAUCUGUUGGAAAUGUCGUGGAUCCUUUCAAGAUCCUGGAAACCUAUGGCCAAGAUAGUGUGCGAUGGUACCUCGCACGAGUUGGAGGAAAUUUUGUCGACGAUGUUGAUUGGUCCCUGGACCAACUCAAGAUCAUUCACGACCGCGACCUGAGAGGUCUUGGGAAUUUAUACAAGAGACUGCAUGCCGCUCCAAUGUGUGAAGGCCGACAGGUUGCGCUCCCCUCCACCUCAUCAAACGAUCCACUAGAGAAGGAGCUUGCUUCAUCCCUUAUGACCAUCACUGGGGAAGUAACAGAGGCAAUGAAUUCGCUGGCUGUAGCUCGAGCCAUCGAUGCAAUCAUGGUGCCAAUCGAAAUUACAAAUCGGUACCUUGCACACAAGUCUCCGUGGAAUGAAACGGACCCAGAUGUUCGAGCUGCCGCUGUCAGCCUCUCUCGCGAAGCAUUGCGAAUAUGCGGCAUCCUACUCCAACCGUUUCUGCCAAACAAGGCGCCGCUACUGCUCGAUUGGUUGGGCGUCCCAGCUGGAAAGCGUAGUCUGAUUUGGGCCGUGUUCGGAGCCUCUCAACGAACAGCCGGAAAUGAAGCCACACCGAACCAAAAGUUAUUUGACGCCAUAAAAGGUAAACUUUAA